AUGCAAGCACCGAUUCCGAUCGCACAGGCCCCAGGUCGUCUUGAUUCAUUUAGCUUCCAGCGCCCUGGUGGCCUUACACCACGCGCUUCGUCCAGCUUUGUCAGCAGCGCAAGUUACAAAGAGCCAAUGGCUGUCUCCUUUGGCAAAGAUGUGUCAGAAUUCGGCACUUCCACCGAGUCGGACGUCACCGUCGCUCCUUCGUCCGUUCGUCUCGAGUCUACCUUCUGUCGCAACUUUACAUGCUGUGGUCAGAAGCUCGACGACCUCCACGACUUACUUCAGCACUACGAGGAGUGCCAUGUUCGCUUCGAAGAUGACGAGAUGCCUGCCAUGAUUGCCGACGAUGAGGUCGACUCCUCUGGCUCCUCCAAUGCCUCCACAUCGCAACCCUCCAGCCCACGUACCUCGAAUGCCGGCUCGACCUCUUCUGCCGCCGCCACCGCCACGGCUGCCUCCGUCACCACCGAUAACGUUACAACGCCAACGGGUCUUGACGACACCGACAAGGCUUCGGCUUUUGACACAGCAGUGAUGCGCUCGCCAUCCUUCGCCAAGAGCAAGAAGCGUUCUUUCGGUCAAUACGCUAAUGCCUCUUCCGCGAAUCCCAACGGUGCCAUUCACCAAUCCUUGAGGAGAGCGCUUAUCGACGGUGGUGUUGGUCGCCGUGUACCCGGCACACCCAACAUUUACGCUCCCAACUCACCCUUCUCAACGCCCGGUAGCUCGAUUCCAGGCACCCCUCGCCUAGACACCGAGAAUGAUGGCUACUUUAGCAACGGCCUCAACCCUGCCGCUUUCUCGGCGCUCUCGAUCCGUUCGAGUAACACCGAUGCGCUCGACCUCCCCUCGUGCGCUCCUCCCAAUCUCUUCUUCCCCGCUUCGAGCACCGCUUCUUCGUCGUCACAGCCACCUGCCAAGCGCGAGAAGACGAGCGCCACGACCAGCGCUUCCUCACUUGCGCUCGAGAACGCCCUUCGUGCCGGAGCCGGAAACAUCGAUAAGCCAUACAAGUGUCCGGCGCCCGGAUGCGACAAGGCAUACAAACAGAUGAAUGGUCUCAAGUAUCAUCGUCUCCAUGGAGCUUGCAACCAGAACAAUCUCUCCAUCCCUGCGCAGGCUGCUGCUCAGCUAACCAACAUCCACACCCCCACUAACUCGACUACAGGCUCACCUCAGCCUGAGACUGCUGAUGGCGUCAAGACAGAGGAUGACACAGCAACGCUUCCGUCGGUUUCACCUACAUCGCCAAUCGCUGCCAGCGUCAAACCAUCACCUGAUCCGGUCGGUCCGGUCGCUCAGGUCGCUCAAGCGCCCGUCUCGCUGGGCGACCGUCUGUACAUCUGUCAAGUGGGUGUCUGUGGCAAGCGAUACAAGAACCUCAAUGGCUUACGAUACCAUUACCUUCACUCUGGCUCGCAUGGUUUGCUCGGUCUGCAGCUCUUGCAGUCGGGUGGAGGCGCCAGCGCCAAGGUCGACGCUUCCGGCCGUGCUCCUGUAAGCACGAGCACGCUCAGCCAGGAGGAGAUCGCUGCUGCUGCCCAAGCUGCCCAGCUGGCCCAGGAGCAGAUCCAGGCUCAGGCCGCCAAGAGUGCCGCUGCCACUGCCGCUGCAGCUGCAGCUGCCUCGGCCGCCGCCGCCGCCGCCCGGAAGGAGGAGAGCGAGCGUCAAACACCUACGCUCACAACACCACCCUCCGGCUUGACGCAGGCGCUCCAGCAACAGCAACAACAGCAGACCGCCUUGGCAUCACCACCGACCGGCUUGUAG